AUGAUGGACUUGCCAAGUGGUCUUAUCAAUUCACAAGGGGCCCUCAGCCUGAAGCUCCUCUGUAUCAUCUUCCUGUCAUCUCGCCUGUCCGCGCACCGCACCGCGAUCAUGAAGCUAGCAGUGACUGGCUGCCACGGGUACGUUGGCCGGCGUGUCGUGCUCGCCGCUCUAAAGCAGGGCCAUUCCGUUGUGGGCAUCGACUCUGCACCGAUUCAGGAUGUCAAAGUGCCACUCGAGCAUCUGGAGCACCCGGCCUUCAAGUUUGUCCAGGCCGACCUGCGCAAUUACAACGAAACAUUUGAAGUCUUCCAAGGAUGCGAGGGCGUGGUCCAGCUCGCUUCAAUCCCGAACCCAAGGGACUUCAUUGCAGACACUCACAACAGCAAUGUCGUCAUCACAUGGAACGUGCUGCGCUCGGCUGCAGAACACGGCAUCAAACGCGUUGCGCAAGCCUCCUCCGUCAACGUGAUCGCCCUUGUCUAUAGCCUCGGGCCAAAGCUUGAUUAUUUGCCGCUGGACGAAGACCACCCCUGUCGGCCAGACGAGCCGUACGGCCUGUCCAAAGUCAUUUGCGAGCUCCAGGCGGACACGAUCACGCGGCGCUACCCAUUCAUGCGCGUCGCAAGCCUGCGCCUCAGCUGGUCCGUCCCUAAUCGCGUCGCAGCGUUGCGCGGGGACCCGAUGCGGCGCAAGAACGACCUGUGGGGGUACGUCCAGGAGGAUGCCGCAGCGGACGCGUUCCUCCUCGCGGUGGUGGACGAAAGCGGGCGGUGGACCGGGCACGAGCGUUUUUUCAUCGCUGCUCCGGACGCCGCGGCGGACGAACACCCGACGGUGCUAAAAGAGAAAUAUUGGGCGGAUGUUCCGAUUAAGGCGGGGAAGACGAUCGCUGUUGGGAAGGGAUUUUUUGAUUGUUCGAAGGCGGAGCAGUUGCUGGGGUGGAGACACAUGAUUCCAGGCGAAAACAGAGUUGUGUGCGCUUGCAUCAUGUCACGGUCCAAUGAACAUAAUGUAUUGACUCUUGCAUACUACUGCUCCGGACAUGGCUAUGGCCACGCUACGCGUGUAUCCGCGUUCGCAUGUCACUUGCUCUGUCUGGAUCCUCCGCCAGUUAUCCAUAUCGUCUCUUCAGCGCCAAAACAUGUAUUUUCUGCAAGUAUAGCUAAAGGAGCCUUGUAUCGUUAUGCCGAAAUAGACCCUGUUAUCGUACAACCGCUAGCCUACCGUGUAGACCGCCGAAAAAGCGUAGAUGUUUUAGAAUCCUUCCUGCAGCAGAAGGACGGUAAAUUACUCGAAGAGUCCAGGUGGCUUCUUAGUAUCGAUGCAGAUUGUGUAUUGAGCGACGCAGCCUUUCUUGGGUGCCUCGCUGCUAAUCAAGCUGGUUUACCUUCCGUAUUGGUGACCAACUUCUCUUUUGAUUCAGUCUACAGUUAUCUUUCCACAUCAUUUGUUGAGGCAACAAGUAGUCUGGUUGUGAAUACUCUGCAACCGCAAUCUCCACAAAGCCAAGAAGACUCUGAACCAGAUGUCCCAAUUCUUCUGGAUAAAUUAGCUCCUCUGGUGGAUCAACUCCACUCCGGGUAUCGUUGUGCUGAUCUCCUUCUACGCCUCCCCGGAGCUAUCCCUAUACCAUCGUUCGCGGUCCAUCCCCAUCUUCCGUCUGUGGAGUGGGUUGAUUCGGGAUCUCGCACAUUCACCUCCGAUGUGCAAGCUCACCUAAUGAAUCAUCCUUCAGAGUAUUCCCUCUAUUCGAGUUUGACCCCAGGCAAUGCGAUCUCUCGCACCGUCGUCUCUGCACCGCUCCUGGUGCGGUCUCCGGACUCCUCAAUCUAUUCGUCCGCAGGUCGCAGCCGCCUCCUCGAGUCAAUCCGUGUACCACCACGCCUGCACGAUCCGAACCACACGAAGAUUCUCAUCGUUUCGUUCGGCGGCCAAGUCUUUCACAAACCCGUCUCUCAUAGCCGCACUCCAUCCGGUGUAGUGACUCCAUCCUCCGCCUCCACCUCGACGACAGCCUUCGAGGGAGCCUUCACAAAAUCUGAUAUCCCAGCAUCUCGGCGUCCAGAAGGACACGCACAAGCUCUGAAGAAUGCCCUUCGUUCCGUCAGCUCGGAGCGCCCUCCUUGCAGCCCAAAUAGAGAGACUGGUGAUGCGCGGCCUUCUGUCGUUCGUCGGAUCAGUGGCCGUCUCCAGCCGCUAUCGCAGCUGAACAUUGCGGGCGCGCCUCCGGCCACAGUCCCUACUUCGCCGAUCCCUGUAUCUAUUCCCAUAUUCACUACAGUCACAAUACCUCCCUCUCCGGUGCUUCCCAGUAACUCUGCAACGAACGGUGAUGGCACAGACACCACGUCUUUAAAUGGUGCAAUCGAGGACGGCCUCAUGCCCCGCCUGCUACCGGACGAAUCCUGGAUCGCUAUCGUGUGCGGCGUGUCCAAAGAGUGGGGGACCGAGGACGGUGACGAGCUCCCUGAGAACUUCUUCGUUGCGCCCAAGGACGUGUACAUGCCCGACUUGACUGCCGUCGCGGACGUGCUACUGGGAAAGCUUGGAUACGGCACCGUUUCUGAGUGCGUAGACGCGUGCACGCCCUUCGUUUUCGUCCCCCGCCCGCUCUUCAUCGAGGAGCACGGCCUGCGCCUUCUCCUCGACAAGGAAGGAGUUGGUGUUGAGCUUUCACGUUCCUUGUACGAGGUGGGCGAGUGGGCGGACGCCAUCGAGGAAGCUUGGUUGCGGGGGCGCACCGCGAAGGAGCGCAAGAGGCUGGUCGGCGAGACUGGCAUGCGGAAGAAGGAAGGUGAAGACAUGGCUCGGCGACUCGUGGAUUGGGUCGAGGCUUGGAAGACGUCCAGAGGUCGUUAA